UUCUUAGCUGAAAUGUUGCGGAGAUCUUCUGUGUCAAAUUCUAAUAUGGUCUCCAGGAUACUAAUAAUCUACACUGGAGGAACUAUUGGCAUGAGCAGAAACCCUGAGACAAAAGCUUACGCCGCGCCUGAACAUGGAUAUCUGAAGGAAAAAAUAAAGACAUUUGCAUCAUUGUAUGAUUCUGAGUACGAAUUCUGUGAGGGUGAUAUACUUACAGACCAUGAACCGAGAGCUACACCAAUAACCAUGUACGGGCGACGUAUAAUUUACGGUAUCGAAGAGUUAGAGACUAUAGUUGACAGUGCAAACAUGAGUAUGAGUGAUUGGGCUAACAUUGCAAAAGUAAUUGAAAAGUACUACACAAAGUUCGAUGGGUUUGUGGUUGUUCAUGGAACUGACACAAUGUCUUACACUGCAUCAGCACUUAGUUUCAUGCUAGAAAACCUGGGGAAGACUGUCAUUUUGACAGGCUCUCAGAUUCCCUUGUGCGAGCAGAGAAACGACGCAGUUAACAACUUAUUGGGAUCCCUCAUAUUCGCGUCUCACUUUAUCAUACCAGAGGUAGCAAUAUACUUCAACAACAAGCUGUUUCGUGGUAACCGCUCCCUGAAGGCAAAGUGUGAGGAUAUUGACGCGUUUGAUUCCCCCAAUAUGUCACCUUUAGCUGUGAUGGGGACUCACAUUACUGUAAACUGGAAGAGUGUAGCAGACUCAACAAGUCUAUUGCCGUUUUGUGUACAAUCAGAUAUGUGUAGUGAAGUGGUUAUGUUGCGACUCUUCCCUGGCAUGACUUGCUCCACGCUGCACCACUUCCUAGCUCCUCCUAUAAAAGGAGCAGUUCUGCUAAGUUACGGGGCAGGAAAUGGCCCGGACGCGCGCGAGGAACUACUGGAGGUGUUCCGCCAAGUGUGCAUGAGAGGGGUGAUAGUGGUGAACAUCACCCAGUGUCUGACUGGUACUGUCAGUGUGGAGUAUAAUACCGGCAAGCGGAGAUGGGACCUUCAAGAUUCACUACACUGCAAAUCGCUCACUCACAUCAAGCAGUAUAAAAAGUCAAACCUCACUCUGACAAACGUUCUAUCUGACGCUGGAAUACUACCUGGUGGGGAUAUGACUGCUGAAGCUGCUCUGGCUAAACUAUCUUACCUGCUGGCCAAAAAGAACCUUACACAAGAACAAAGAAGGCAGAUGAUGGUGACCAACCUGCGGGGUGAGAUGACCGUGGAAGUUUCUCCGAACGUAUCAGAUCUCUUCCUUGACAGCGACAGUUACUUGUCCAAGGUUAUCUCCGCUCUAGAAGUGUCCUCUCAGAAGGAGAUACAGGCUCUACGUGAAGCUAUACUGCCUACUGUUAUGUGUAAUGCAGCUGGACUGGGUAAACUGGACAAACUCACCGAGGCUGUACAGCAGUGCGUGUCAGUAAACAAGGCAGACUACGAUGGCAGGACCCCACUGCACCUGGCAGCCUGCGAGGGGCACUGUGAGGCUGCAGAGUUCCUCCUCAAGAACGGAGCUAUAGUUCAUUGUAAGGACAGAGCUGGUAAUACUCCCCUGGUGGACGCUAUCAAAAACAAGUUUGUACUUUAA